AUGGACCUUUACUUUUUCGUGGGACUUGUCAUUGCCUUUCUUCGUAUUGAGUACGUCACUGCUCGAUUCGUCGUCAAAAGCCUAUUUCAAGAUUGGAACGAUAAUAAAGUGCGACUGUUUUCAGUGCGUGUGGUUUGUUUUACCCACGCUCUACUCUCUUCAAUCAUGUGUUUGACUUGGCUCUUCACCGAUCCGAACUUCAUUCGUGACCCGUUCACCUACUCCUCGCCUUCUGCUAAUUAUGUUUUUUUGUUCAGUGUUGCUUAUUUCAUUUAUGAUAUGGCAGAUAUGGUGUGCCAUGGUGAACUGGAUGCUUCCAAAGAAUACAUUGUACAUCAUUCGUUGGUUGUAAUCGGUUUCAUCGCUUUUGUUCAUUUCAAGCAACUACACGGAUUAGCUCUUCUCGGCCUUCUUGUCGAAGUUCAAACCAUUUUCUUGCACUCGAGAACAAUGGUCCAUCUUUUGUAUACCGGGAUGGAGCUUCCAAAAAGUGUAGAUAUCAUUGUGAAUGCCAACAUGAUUUGUCUGUUUCUUUUCAGACACAUUCCAAUCAGCAGUCUUCUCUACCAACUGGUGUUUGAAAGUCAACCGAUUCAUUGGUUUUUCAAAGCUUUUUUGAUCUGUGGUCUGACCUUCCUAGAAUAUCACAACUGUCACUUGACGAUAUCCGUUGCUCAAUCUGAUGGAUUUUUUGGCUAUGAAAGACAAACAAUGGAUGAGGACAACAUCGAUCCACUUGGUUCAGUCAGAAAAGAAAAAGAAAGAAUUUCGAAUCAAGGAGUACCAGUGGCCAAAAAAUCUCAAUAG